AUGGGCCGACACAGCAUUGCCGCCUCCAGAGGUCUUCUCUUCUCUCUGGCAGCAAGCCUCUUCUUCCCUACAAGCAUACUCGCCCAAUCCUCAACGGGCACCUGCGGUCCCGCACCCUCCGGCUCCGUUCGCCCCGCCACCGCGCCCGGUUACAGCUGGCAAGUCGUCUCCUCGGGCCUACAAGACCCUCGUGGCAUCACAUUCGACUCCGAAGGCCGCUUGCUCGUGGUCGAGCGAGGCGCUGGCCGGGUGCGAGCUUAUACAUAUCGGGAGGAUGGGGACUGUGUGGUCGAGCAGUCGAGGGAGUAUGUGACUGAGCAGGGGCCGGCAUUGAAUCAUGGCAUCGAGAUUGAUCGAGAGGGCGGGGUGUUGUAUGCGAGUACGAACCAGGAGGUGCUGGCGUGGCAGUAUGAUGCGCAGGCGGGGACCGCGGCGGCUGGGGACAGUCGGACGGUGGUGGAUGGGAUGGGUGGUGGAGGGCAUUCUACCAGGACGUUGUUGUUGACGAGGAAAGAGGGGCAGGCUGGUCACCUAGUGGUGAGCUUUGGCAGCAUGGGAAACCUGGAUGAGGUGGCAACGAGGAAGGACAGCGGAAGCAGCUCGGUUAAGGCCUUCGAGCUCGGGAACAACACCAACAACGCGCAGGCGUACGACUACCCGAGUACGGGCACGUUAUUGGGUUGGGGUCUCCGGAAUGAGGUAGGGGUCGCAGAGCACCCGAACUCUGGUGGUAUCUGGGGCGUUGAGAAUUCUGCGGAUCAAUUGAGUCGGUAUGGGGUUGACGUGCACGACCACAACCCAGGAGAGGAGAUGAACUUCUUGGGAUACCUGAACGGGACCGAGACGCUUGAGCAGGGGAGCAACUUCGGGUAUCCGUGGUGUUUCUCGGCUUGGGACGUCAGUGAGCUGCCUCAGAACGGCAAUUUGACUGUUGGCACGCAGUUCGCCAUCGACAGCAGCACUGCGCUUGGCGGGAACAGGACUGAUGAAUAUUGUGCUGAGCAGACACGAAGCCGACUGGUAUUUGAGAGCCACAUGGCGCCGCUGGACCUCAAGUUCAAUGAUACAGGCAAGCAGGGGUGGAUCAGCUUCCAUGGUAGUUGGAACAGUCCUGAUCCAGUAGGCUAUAAAUUGUCGUUGGUGGACUUCAGCGAGGGUGGUAUGCCAUUGGAUAGCGAGACCAGCACGACUGCAGCGAAGGAUGUCUUCUUCAACGAGGACAUCUCCAGGUGCGAUGCAAACUGUUUCCGCCCGGUCGCACUGGCGAUUGACCACCAAGGAAGAAUCUUCAUGAGCAGUGACUCAACGGGUGAGAUUUACAUGAUCAAGAAGGUGGAAGGUGGCAAUGGUGGACCGACUGCCUCUGGCGCGCCGGCUGGGUCGACAGCCUCGCAGACUUCAAGUCCGAGUGGGACUUCGAGUGGUGGUAGCAGUUCGUCGACGCCCAGUGGGAACGGUUGUGGGCAGUUCGGUGUCUCGACAUGGUGGAUGAUGGCUGUUCCUCUUGUCCUGGUGAUUUUGGCAUAG